UGUUGUUUAUUUUAUUCGGCGCUAUGCUCCGACACGGGGCGAGCCUUUCGACUCAGUUUUAACGCGCACGUUUUAUGAAACGACAACUAUGCGUCGAUGUUCGCUCGCCGGCGAUAAUAAUUAUUCAUAUCGGAACCGCUUCUAACGACCAAAAUAGCAACGCGGUAAACAAAUUCGCGAUUUUAUUGGCAGGUCCUCUUUGUUGAUUAUUAUAAUUCGGUUUUUAUUUAUUUGUUUUUUUGCAAACCAUUCGUAUGUCGUUCUCGAUGCCGGCGCGAGUUGUCUCCGCGAAUCUUAAUAGCAGUUAAUCAUAGUUUAUUUUUACCGCGCAACGUGUGUUAAUAAUUGUGUUGGGGCCACUUGUCGCAGUUUCUUUUAUUUUGCUAUCGUGUUUGAUUUAAACUCGCGACCACGAUUGCGGAAGCGUUUUGUGUUGUAAAAUGAACAUUCGCAAAUUUGGACUAUGGAAUCAAGAUUACUCAUGCAGACAGGCAUAAUUAAAGCGAUAACAAUUUAUACUUUCAAAUAAUAACCUCGUUAAAAAAUACAUGAAUACUAUUUGAACAUCUUCGAAUUUAAAUGAGAUAGGCGCUGUUGUUUGCCAAAGUUAAUACUUACGGAAUUUGCGUUUUGGCGGGAAGAAUCACGGGAGGUGCUAACUAAGAAGUAGGCUGCACAGAAAGUUUGGAAAAGUGUUGAGUACACAUCGGAUGCUGGCGAGUGUUUUUUCAACGCGUUUUCGAGGCUAAGCGCUAGUUGUUUGAACAAGUGUGUUUUCUAAUGGAUUUAUUUUGAGAAUUGUAUUCAAAACAUCAGGUGUUAUAUUGCUUCAGUCGAAGCAAGAACGCGAUAGCGGAGUGCCGCUAGGCAUUGCAUUUGGUACUGAACUAUUUCCACCGCUAAUGUUCCUGUGAAAUAUAAAACUGUCUAAACACGAUCGUGAUAUCUGGAUGUGUCUCCAACGUGAUGAAGAUGGUGUUCGCCACAUAGAUGAAUCGAGACCAAUGGUGCAAUUACCUAUACUGGGUCCGGAGCCGGCACUGAACUCAAACCCUGGUGGCGCCGCGAAGCCACCGCUACUCAACUCAUUCGAGCUGGACCGCUGUCUGGACCGAGACGAGUCCGGCAGGUGGGGCGGCGACGCGGCGCGGCGACGCCGACGCAGCUCGCCCCCGCGCCGCGCCUCGCCCCCUCGAGACCAUGAGCCUCUUGCACUUGCACGGGCGUCAGCGCCAACAUCCCCCGCGGGUGGUUCAGCACAAUCCAGCCCUGCCCCAGGCUCUCCCGGGGGCAGCGCAGGCGGUGCUGCAGGAGCUAGAUCUCCACUUCCACUGGUGCCACCAGACCUGCUAGCCAUGCAACUGCUAGACCAGCACUCGCAACUGCAAGCGCUGAUGAAGCAGCGAUUGUUUCAUCAACAUCAUAUGCAGAAACAGCAUAUGUCUUCGGAGGCGGCAAAACGUCAAUUGGAGCAAUCACGGCUUCAGGAUCAGAUCAACUUGAAUCUGCUAUCACAGUCUCAUUUACCACCUCCUGAUACCUCACCUGGAUCUCUCCAGCAACAACUGGGCGCUCAACAGCAACAACUAGUACAGCAGUUGCAGGCAGUGCAACGCCAGUAUCUGAUGCACGGGUCCCUCCCUGUACCGCCCAAUGCUCCACCUGGUCUAAUGUUAUGGGGUGGUGAAAUCGAAGAGCAUCCUUUGUUUGGACGAGGUGUCUGCAAGUGGCCGGGCUGUGAUGCACUCGCAGAAGAUUAUCAAGCGUUUCUCAAACAUUUGGAAGCUGCACAUACUCUGGACGAUAGAUCUGCAGCGCAAGCGCGAGUCCAGAUGCAAGUGGUAGCACAACUGGAGUUGCAACUGCGUCGCGAACGCGACCGCCUCGCCGCCAUGAUGAGGCACUUGCACGCAGCCAGGGACACCUCGCACCAUGCCGCUAAACAUCCUCACGGUACUACUAGUGAAGGUGCUUCUCCGGGGCCAGUUCGACGUCGUGUCUCUGAUAAAUCUGGUGUUGCUAUUGCUGGAGAGAUUCAGCGUAAUCGCGAAUUUUAUAAGUCUGCUGAUGUAAGACCUCCGUUCACUUACGCAUCGCUGAUCAGACAGGCUAUAAUAGAAUCUCCAGACAAGCAAUUGACUCUGAACGAGAUAUACAACUGGUUCCAGAGCACGUUCUGCUACUUUAGACGUAACGCCGCCACAUGGAAGAAUGCGAUCCGGACGAACCUGUCACUGCACAAAUGUUUCGUGCGCUACGAGGACGACUUCGGCUCGUUCUGGAUGGUGGACGACGCGGAGUUCGUGAAGAGACGCCACCUGAGCCGCGGCCGGCCGCGCAAGUACGAGCCCGCGCCCGGCGCCAGCGCCCCGCCGCCACAGUUCAUGGGAGCCCAAAGUCCUCCAAUGAUGACAAGUCCGCAUGGUUAUAGCGAAGCACUGAAACGAAAUCUUCAGGGUAUGAUGGAAGACUGCAAUUUGUCGUACAUGUCUGGUGAAGAUCAUAUGAUGCAAACUGACGAGUAUCCGUCAUCGCACGACGAUUACAGCCGUCCUCCAAUAAUGAAUGGGUACGGCAGCAGUAGUUCGUCGCACGAGGUGAAAGCGGAAGACCUCAGUGCCUCCGAUGCACAGGACAUCAAGCCCAACAUAUACGCGCUCAAGAAUGAGAUGCAAGCUUCUGAUUAUUCCAAUAAAGGUGAUUACACAAAUUCCAACAAGGAGUCGUCAAGCAAUAGAUCUGGUGAGACGAGCCCCUACGACGACUACCCGCGUUCCGAGGAUAGAUACCGGGCCUCUAUAUCACACAUCAAGGACGAAGCGGAGAACUUAUCCCUCAACGAGCAGAGAUCUGACAAAUAAACCGGCCGGCACCAGUUCGAACCAGUUAAGUGUCGCUUAAAGUGGUUAAAACCGGUUACUGAAUCCGUGUGAUUAAAUGGUUACGUUCAAAAACGCAAAGUGAGUCGUGAUUUUUUUUUUGCGUAAUAAUAUUUAGAGCUAUAAGUAUCACAGUAUGUAAUACUUUAUAUUUACGGGUUUAGAUCUUAUUCAAGUUGUUUAGAAUGGUGUUCUAGAACGUGUAAUGUGUUCACUGUUGGACUUUUAUAUUUAAAAAGGACGAAACGAAAGGAAUUGUGUAACUAUUAACCAAAUAUAUUUUUUGUUUAUUAUUAUUAUUUUUUUUAUAAAUUCACCCGGUUUUAACGGGGCACUUCGAAGUAUUAUAGGUUUUACGAGUUUUUAUUUUUUAUUCGUCUUAAUAUACUUAGUUUUGGUAGCUGUAAUUCAGAUAUUUGUUAGUGAUAUAUUUAUAGUAUAAGUGUUAGUGAAUUUUAGGCAAAGAUACGCAAGUGAACAGCCAACGACGAGUAACCUUAAAAGGUCCAUAUCAAUAUUUAAAAAUAUUUAAUCAUCUUGUAACAUACAAAUAGUAAGAACAAUAAGUAGUUGUAUUAAAUUAUAAUAAAACAUAACGGUACAUACAAGUUAUAACAAACGUUAUACGCCUAGCGUUUUAUUUGAAGUUUUCGCAUUUUUUUUUUUCCUAAACUUUGAAUACAACCGACGACCGUUUAAUACGACGUGGAAUACAAACUUUUCAAAUUUGGAACUUGAUUUCAAAGAUCUCAUUUUUGCAAUAAUCAUUACGGGAGAAAAGAAUAGUGAAUAAAAUAAAUUUGCUAUUUUUUUAUAAUAAUCUUUUUUUUUUUCGUAUAGUCGUUAUUUUGUGAUCGAUGUAAUAAUGAUCUGAACGUUUGUGUUUAGAAAAAAAAAAUGAAAUGGUUAUUUUUUAUUCGAUUUUCGAAAAUUAAAUCUAUAAUGUUUAUACGUGCCAUAAAUUAUAUGGUACGAAUUUAUUUGAUUCCAAGGAAUUGUAUUUGUUUUUAUUUUAUUUUUUUAUUUUCUUUAGAAUAAGAACUAGAAUGUAAAUAUUUAUCAUGACUAUCAUGAAUUGUAAAUUCUUUAAAAAAAUAAAGGUAAAUUUAGACGCGUGUAAACGUUUACUUAAUAUAACUAUUGCAUAUUAAAUCGUUCAUGUUGUAGAAAAUUUAGAAGAAACUUAGUGAUUAGUAAAAAUUUUCACUGUACCUUACUAUAUCCGAUACAGAAAUGAAAAAAAAAAACUUUACUUAUUUUUUUUUUGUUUCGUGCAUUUUCGAAUUUUGCAUUUAUUAAAGAAAAAAAUUGUUAUAUUUAGUGGAUAUAAAAUACACAAAUAGGUUUUUUGAAUAAUGUGAAUUUCAAUAAUCAAUAUAAUUCGAAUAAUUAAGAAAAGGUGAAAAUAUCAUAUCACGGCUAUGUAUGUAUACCUAUUAUAAAUCUAUAGAUAAUAAAUUCGAUGGGUAAUUUAAAUGUAUGUCGAAUUUGCAAUAACUUUGAUGCUAAUGUGUAAAAUAUUAAAUAUUUCUUAAUACAGAAAGAUGUAGAAACAGCUCCAUUUUUUACUGUUAUUAUAUAUAUAUUUUUUUAUAUCUAUAUUUUUUUAAUUCAUUUGACAGUUGGUGUUAACGAUACUGAAGAUCAGGCUGUAUGGCUUAGUUCCUUUGCCUUUCCUAUUGUGAAUAAAACUAUUCUUCUGUAUUAUGUCGUAAAUUGUAUUUAUUUAAGAAUGUUUUAAUAUUAUAUUUAAAUAUUUUAAAAAAAAUCUCUUAAAAAACUUACAAUUCUACAAUAAGUAUUUAACCAUAAUGAAAAAUAGUAAACGUCGUCUGUAUGAGUAAAUAUAAACAGCACUAUUGAUAUCUCUCUCACAAAAUCUAAUUUCCAUGCUAUACACUCUUCUUUCUUUUCCCUCGUCUCUUCCCGUUACGUAGUACCGAUUUGAUUGCCAUGCCUUAUGGUUGCCAUAAACUAUCAAUCAAAAUAAAAUAAUAAUUAAUAACCUUAACUCAGUAAUAACUAGAUUUCUUCUGAAUAGAGAUUUUUGAAUCUUGCCAUUCAGUGAUCCUCCGAUGAGAGGUUCUACACCAACUGUCAAGUGUAUUUAUUUACAAAUAUUUUCAAUUUAUUAUAAUUUAUUUACAUGUAUAUUAUUAUAAUAAUUAUCAUCAGAAAUUAAUUAAAAAAACUGACUAAGUACGCCAAAUAUUUCACUACAGUUGAAACCAUGUAUACUGUGGUAUAUGAAACAAAGUUGUUACCACUGAUCCAUUAGACACUGGGUAACCAACUUAGUUCAUUUUCAAAACCGGUAUAACACUAUCAUAUAUAUAGGUGUGAUAAAAAUAACCAGCAUUUAUACUAUUUAUUCGUUAAAUCCGCCCAGUAUGAAGGCACCAAAAUAUUUUAUUUUUCCCUUUAGAUUUACUAGAAAAUACUUUCUUAUAUACCUCGUAUUAUAUAUGAUAGUGCAAUAUCAAUAUACAUACAUACAUAUAUAUAUAUAUAUAUAUAUAUAUAUAUAUAUAUAUAUAUAUAUAUAUAUAUAAUAAAAUAUAAUUUUCAUUUUACAUUUUCUACUUACAUGUUGGGUUACUCUUGAAUUAAAUUUCAAUAAACCGAUAUUGGAAUUAAGACAUUUUGCACUCUCGAAUUGUAAUACUAGCGACAUAAUGGUUCCAUAUUGUUCUGAUAGAGUGCAUAUUAGUGUAACUUGUCAAUGCAAACUAUUGUAAACGGAUCCCAAUUAUAACCUAAUUCCUAACUGUUGUUUCAUGAGUGUAGUACAAAAUUGUCAUUGGCAAUAGAUUGGUUUGAUAUCAAUAUUAGAUUCAAGAGUAGACCUGCUGAUCACAAUUACAAUAGAUCAUUGAAUUAAAACUAGUAAAUAUUUUUGUUUAAAUCGCUCAAUUUUUAUUUACAUAAUUAGUUGGUUAUCUACUCAGAAUAAUGACAGUAGAAAUAAUUUAAUGAGAUAUUAAUUAUGCCAGAAAAAGCUAGAAACAUGUAUUCCUUUUCAAUAGUCUGGCAUUUCUAGUUACAGAGUUUUUUUUUUAAGUGACUGUACUUAUCGAUCCAUAAAGAGCAUCGAUCGUGAUUUAUUUCAUUACACCGACCAAGUACAACAAUAAAAUAUAUGUUUUAACUUCCUUCUUACUUACAAUAGGAAAAUAAUUAAAAAAAAACUCGACUGCCUGAAUCAGGUAACUAUCGACGUAUUUAAAUACAAAGUCAAGAUAAAAAAUGGCGGCUGUUUUCGGCCAUAUUUGUUUUGUAAAAUAAUUUAAAGUUAUUCUCUGACAAUAAAAUCAAACCGUUGAUGUUACAUAUACAAAUAUGUACCGAUAGCAAUACUAUAUCUGCAAUCUAGACAGUUCGAUAACAUAGUUUUUAUGUGUAUUGUGUAUUAUGUGUAUUAUUUUACGUGUAUCCAACACAUACAUACACUCACACGAUCCAUUAAAAGCAGUCAGGUUAAAAUGUUCAAAGGAUUAUAUUUGUAUUAUGGAAUUGAUUAAUUGUUAUUAAUUAAUGUAUGAUUUUAUUUUACCGAUUAGCGGUUUCUCGCUGUAUGGUGUUUCGGCUCGGGUCUGCGUUGUCUCCCAAAUGGGAGUGAGUGAGAGCUCGUUGAUAUGUGGUGAGUGCAAGUGAGAUGCCCUAUUUGGGAGACAUCUCAAGACCCACGAAUGUUGACGCCCAAACUGGGCCACGAAUACAUUUAUUGAUCAUUGUAAAUUAUACUUAAUUAGUGUUGUAUUAAACCAAAUCAUUACAAUUAA